UCGGUUGGUUGCUUGGUUGCUUGGUUGCUCAGUUGGUUUGGUUGUUGGUCAGUAUUCAAUUUUGUGUCGUGUGAUGAUUGUCUUUGGUGUGACUGACUCAUUCCUUUCUAUAUGUGCUAUAACGCUGUCCUGCUGCUGUCACAGAUAACCCGGUAGUAGGGACACACUCCACCUAUUGGGAUGGGGGCUACUACGUGACACUCGCCAACAUCACGCCCACCGCUGUCCUCGCCACCGUGGCACAGCUGGAGCCCAGCGGCUGGAUCGAUCGGUACACCCGAGCCGUUUUCAUCGAGAUGACGAUCUACAAUCCCCACGCCAACCUGUUCUCCGUGGUGAACCUGCUGACUGAGUUCACUGCCAUUGGAAAAGCCUAUCCCCAUGUGGACAUCACUACAGUCCGUCUCUACCGCUUCCAGACCAUCUGGGCUUGGGUUGUGGUCGGCUUUCAGGGACUCUUCAUCAUCUUCACCUUGUACUUCGCUUUCAGGGAAUUGGACCAUAUCGUGAAGCUACGGAGCUUGUACUUGAAGACCUUUUGGGGCUGUGUAGAACUGAGUUUGGCGAUCCUAUCUCUAGCGGAAGUCGGGGUCAUGCUGUACACAUUGUACAUUGUCCUCGAGUUCCAGUCAAAACAAGGGGCAAACACGGGACCAGUUGAGAAAACGUUUGAGAAGUACCGCAGGGCUGCGUACUGGGACCAGAUCAACACGUACGUGCUGGGCUGCUUGGUUUGUGUGGGGACACUCAAACUGCUGCACCUCCUGCGGUUCAACAAACACGUUGUUCUCGGAGCAGACACCAUAAAGAAGGCAGCCGGGCCACUAUCCGGGUUCUUCUUGAUUUUUACCCUAGUAUUCCUCGCUUUUGCGUUGUUUGCCGCUCUCGCGUUCGGCCCUUCGGAGGAUGGCUUUUCGCCCUUCAUCGCCACGCUGGAAACGCUGCUCACGAUCUUGCUGGGAAAGUUCUAUGAGAUGUCAGACCAAAAACCGAUCAUGGGACCGCUCUUCACCUUCUCGUUCAUCACGUUCUUUCAGUGGGUGAUAGUCACCAUGGUUGUUGCUAUCCUAGACUGCGCCAUACACGAGGUUGCAGAAGAGAACUCCCAGCAGAAGCCGGAAACUGAGCAGGUUGCAGACCUGAUGUUGGAGCGACUGCAGUCCUGGGCAGGAGGGCUGCUACAGCGUGGGAAGGGGAGGCCAUCGGCAGUCAUCAAAGAGACCUACAAGCCUACAGAGGAGGAGCUGACGGACUUCUUGACAAAUGCUGAUUUCAUACGCUUCAGGGGCCAACAGGAGAAUUCAUCAACUGCAAUCGAAUUUUGCAUUGAGAAUCAAAUGUCAAUGCUUGUGUCAUGGUCAGUCACCGAAGAGACCUACAAUCCUUCAGAGGAUGAGCUGAUCGACUUCUUGGCAAAUGCUGAUUCCAUGCGUUUCAGGGGCCGACAGGAGAACUCGUCAACUGAUGUCGAGUUUUGCAUUGAGAAUCAAAUGUCGCCUAGGUCGUCAUCACUCAUCAAAGAAACCUACAAUCCUACCGAAGAGGAGCUGGCAGGCUUCUUUAAAAAUGCUGAUUCCAUGCGUUUCAGGAGCCGACAGGAGAACUCAUCAACUGCUAUCGAGUUUUGCAUUGAGGAUCAAAUGUCUUCUGGUACGGCUUAGUUUCUUUAGACAGACUACAAUAUUGCAUUAUCAUGGGUUUAGCUUAUUACAUAUGGAAGUGUAAACCAAAAUUUACGCAACUAUGUAUGGGAUAUAUAAUGAUGAUGAUCUUUAUUUGCAUGUUCCUGCCCAUGUGGGCUAAAUGCAGCAAAUCCCAUGAUGGGAUACUAAAGACUAAGUACUAUUACAUGUAGUAUUACAAAUGAAUAAACAUUACAUCCGGAGCUAUAUAAUGGAUUCCACAGUACUGUGUACGUUGGGCAAAAUGAAGGAUGGGUCUCACUUUGAACAUUUUCGUACCAACAAACAUGAAUUCAUGAUUAUAUUACUAGUAUUUUAUCUUUGGAUUACGUUGCCCUGCUCCAUAUUGCUAGCAAUGAUACAGUAUAAUCUAGGAAAUAUAGACAUUUGAAAAGUGAUAUGCGGACAUAUUCUAAAUACCAAACUUCUGAAGAACUGUAUUAAGUAGAGGUUAUCUGUACAUACCAUAUACUCAGUGCAUGUUUUUGAAAGCUUCCAAUAUUGUCUCCAGUUUUCUGGGCUUGUACAGUACUUUUAAGAAGUGAAGUGUAGACCGACAUCUGGUUCUUUUUACCAGAAUAUAUCGGUAGGAAGGAUUGUAUAAGGACAUAGACUGAUCAUAGUUCUGCCCAUGAGGAAACACAAUAACAGUUUACCAUUCGUACUAUUGCCUAUACCAUUGACAAGAUGUUGCAGUAUAGAAGUUGCAGAAUAUCCGGAAAUAUGCCAUUAACAGCCAUAUGCAUAACACUUGUAAACGGUGAAUUGAUUUUUUUUAUAUAGACAUCGUCGUGUUUGCAAAGAGACAAGUUAUUAGGGAUCAGCUGUGUCGAAAUUACAAUUAUAUAAGUCUUUAAACUUUCGCGGUGGUUUAUUUUCGCGGUGACUUUUCCACCGCACAUCCCUGACACCACGGAUACUACUACAGAAUCGUUUCAGCAGGUUAUUUUUUUCCUUCUUUGUUGAAUUUUUCAACAUG